AUGAAGUCCGCGCGCAGCUCGCGCGGGGCGGGGCGGGGGCGGGGGGGCCGCGGCGGCUGGGGCGGGGGCGGGCGCGGCGGCGAGGGCGGCCACGCGGGCAAGGGCGGCUCCGGGGCGCGGCCCCGUGUCCUGGGCGGCCGGGGCCGGGGGCGCGGGGGCGCGGGCGGGGGCGGCGGCGGGGGCGGGGGCGGGCAGCGGCGCGGGGGCGCGGCGAGGAGCAAGAGCCGCCGCAGGAAGGGCGCCGCGAGCGCGUCGGUGGAGCCGCACAGGCACGAGGGCGUGUUCCUCUACCGCGGCGCGGAGGACGCGCUGGUGACGCUGAACAUGGUGCCGGGCCAGUCGGUGUACGGCGAGCGGCGGCUCACGGUGACCGCGGGCGGCGUCAAGCAGGAGUACCGCGCCUGGAACCCCUUCCGCUCCAAGCUGGCGGCCGCCAUCCUGGGCGGGGUCGACCAGAUCCACAUCAAGCCCAAGUCCAAGGUGCUGUACCUGGGCGCCGCCUCGGGGACCACGGUCUCCCACGUCUCCGACAUCAUCGGCCCCGACGGCCUGGUCUACGCGGUCGAGUUCUCCCACCGGGCUGGCCGCGACCUGGUCAACGUGGCCAAGAAGCGAACCAACAUCAUCCCGGUCCUCGAAGAUGCCCGGCACCCCCUCAAGUACCGCAUGCUCAUCGGGAUGGUGGACGUGAUCUUUGCCGACGUGGCCCAGCCCGACCAGUCCCGCAUAGUGGCCUUGAACGCCCACACCUUCCUGCGCAACGGGGGCCACUUCCUCAUCUCCAUCAAGGCCAACUGCAUCGACUCGACUGCGUCCGCCGAGGCGGUGUUUGCCUCCGAGGUGAGGAAGCUGCAGCAGGAGAACCUGAAGCCCCAAGAGCAGCUGACGCUGGAGCCGUACGAGAGGGACCACGCCGUGGUGGUCGGCGUCUACCGGCCCCUCCCCAAGAGCGGCGGCAAGUAGCGCCCCGCGCGGGCGGCGCCUGCGCCCUCUGCCGGGCCGGGCUGCGUUCAGUCGGCCCGCGAGUGUGGCCGUGGGCCGGGUCGUUUGUUGUUUUCCUUUGGUCCAUUGAGUGGCACAAAGAAGCAGUACCCAGGUGCAUCAGUGAGGCCAGUUUUGCCGCAAUAACCAUCAGUCCCUAAAUCUCCGUGUCUUCGAAUCCCUCAAGAGCUAAAGGGCGAGCUGGUGAUAGGAACCCAUCAAGGAACAGCCGGAGAGUUGUGCUUCAGUCGCUUAGGACCCUGAUGUCCCCGGGCUCCUCCUCACGCGCGCGUUCUCAUCACGGGGGCAAGGAAGGGGGGAAAGAGCUGGGGAACUGCCGAUGGGCCUGUGAAGUCCGCCUUGGGGCCCAAGGACCGUUUCGGUUUACGUUGGCCAAGUCGCAUGACCAAGCUGGACUCCGGGGAAUGGCGCUGGAUAUUGAUGGAUGAUGGUAUAGUGUAACGCAUCCAGUCUGUCUGACUCUACGCCGGAGUUCUAGUACACUACGUGUGUUUAGUCCUUUACUCUUCAACUAAGCCCUUUUGCCUUCUCUCAUCACCCCCGCUGGGAUGGCUUUGUUAACCAUUUCCCUUUUGUUGUAAAGCAACAAGGGCUUCUGAAGGGAAACUGGUUGCCCAAGUUUGCAUAACCAGUUAGGAGACUGAAUUUAAAUCCCAAUCUUUUGGGCUCUAAAUCUACUGCUAUUUCCUCUAUACCAGUGGGAUCAUACCUCUCACCUACAUGGCCCACACUGGACAGGCUGCAGGUCCCCACAUGUAGACACACAAAGAACAGAGUUCUGUAGUUGCCCUGUGUUCUUUCUUCCACCUCUCUGUGCUGUCCUUUGACUUCAAAAUAACACAACCAGGCAAGGGGGUACGAUGUGGGCCUACUUUGCAAAGUGUUCCCAUUGCAAGGCGUGACCUACCCGAAAUGGUAUCACCAAGUGUCUUGUCUGAGAAACAGCCAGAAAAAUGACUUCAGAAAGUAUCUGUUUCUGAAGGGCAUUUCCUGCAGACCUUGAGUUGCUGGGCUCGUUGCGUUCAAUUCUGAAGUCCAAAGGGACUGGGAGAGUAAACAGUCCCAGGGAAGCUAGGAAUGUUCCCAAACCAGACCUUUAAAAAGAGAUUUUAUUUAUUCAUUCACUCAUACAUUGAAAACAAAACAAAACCACAUUGCCGAGGUCAUUGAUAGUGAGUCUGGGAAUGAUUGCUCACUAAUGCAUUCUUUGGAGAAUGGUUCUGCCUUCCUAAAGAUGUGCUGGGGGCAGAGAUUGCAGUUAGUCUGCAUUUUCUGAGAGGAUAUUUCCUGAACAAAAUGGGAUAAGUCAGAUUUUUUAAAAGGCAUCCAUCCGGGAUCCCUGGGUGGCGCAGCGGUUUGGCGCCUGCCUUUGGCCCAGGGCGCGAUCCUGGAGACCCGGGAUCGAAUCCCACGUCGGGCUCCUGGUGCAUG